AUGCCGAACCAUGCUAGCUACGGACCGAACGACGGCCCGACCAUGAGUGCUACUACCACCCCUGACGGCGAUGCCGCUGUGAGGGGCGAUGAUGAGUUUGAUGAUGUGGGAGGCGAUGUGAUAGAGCUUCCUGCCGGUGAUGAUCAGUGGAAUGACUCCUCUUGGAGUCGCUGGGGAGAUCGUGAGUCUCAGUCGUGGGGGAGCGACCGAGCACAGUACGGUCAGCGAUGGGACACUGACGCGAGCAUCGGCUGGGGACGGCGCGCUAGCUGGGAUGCGACGACUGCUACGACCGGUGCGGCCGCUGACCGCUGGAGCAACUCCAGCGAGGACCCCUGGUCACACGGUCGUGACCCUUGGACAGGAGCACGAGACGAUGAUUGGCAAGCACGCGACCACGGAUGGCCGGGAGCUCAAGGAGAUACCUGGGCGGAUGGUCGAGUCGGCCGUUUCCAAGAGGGCGAUCAUGUUGACCGAGGAUCCGGAGCAUGGGGCGAAGGGCGAGUCUUCGAAGAAAAGGGGCUCGCUUGGAAUGGCUGGUCCCACUACGACAACGGCGGCUUCCAAGGUCAUCGAGGCGAUCAUGGAGGCUACUCAGGCGGAGGAAGAGCUUCGGAGAAGCUGGCGAUUCCUACCUUUACCGGCGAGGACACUGAGGAUGUCGGUGGGUCCGCAAGGAGCUAUCUUCGCCAAAUCGAGGCGUGGAGACGCAUGACGCUUCUCCCUGCCUCUCAGCAGGGACUCGUCCUCUACCAGAACCUGGGCGGCAAAGCGUGGAUUGCGGCCGAAGAACUUUCGGUCCCUCGCCUGGGAUCGAGCGAUGGGGUGAGCUACUUCGUCGCGUGGAUCAACGCGAGGUUCCUCGACCUGGAGGUGGCCCGCAUCGGCAAGGCGUUCUCGGACUUCUUUCGGCGCCUUAAGAGGCGGGCGGGGCAAUCGAUCAGGGAGUAUAACACCGAAUAUGAUCGUCUACACGCCAGGUUGCGAGAGGUCGGCUGCAGCAUCCCCCAAGAAUGUGCAGCAUGGCUUUACAUAGACCGUUUGCAGCUUGAAGAGGCCCAGGAGCUCAACUUGCUGGCGAGCGUCGGGAACGAGUACAACCUACAUCGGCUACAGCAGGCAGCGGUGCUACAUGAUCGAGGGCACCGGAAACCCUGGGAGAAUGGCAGGGCGCGCAAGCCCCACACCGCCCACUUCACUGCGGGCGGAGACGGCGGUUCUGGCGAUGAGGACCUCGGCCCGACCGAGGACAUAGAGCUUGAAGACGGAGUCCCAGAGGACGUGGCGGUGGCCUACGCGACCUACCAGAGCGCCAAGGAGAAGUACAAGGAACAGACCAAAGCGAGAGGCUACCAAGGCGACCGGGGGCCGCCUACCGCGAAGGACGGGAACGCCCGCAAGAGCGAGCUCAGUCGCGAGGAAAAGGUGAAGUUGAUGAAGGCCAGGUCGUUUUGCGGGAGUUGUGGGAAGAAGGGCCAUUGGCAUCGGGACCCGGUGUGCCCCAACUAUGCUACAUCGGCCCAGGGCGCUGCCAAGACUGCGCCGAAGGAGGUCGAGAUGUGCCACCAUGUUCCCGCUGAGGUUUUCUCUUUGAAGCACGACGGGGCCGCGCUCUUGGGCAUCACUGACACGGCGUGUGCUAAGGCCGUGGCCGGGACCAUGUGGCUCCAGCAGUAUAGCGACGCCUUGAAGCUCAUCGGCCAGAGCCCCGAGCUGAUUCGAGAAUCCGAGGCUUUCAGAUUUGGGACUGGGAAGGUGCACCACUCGUCGUUCCAUGUGCUCAUCCGUUUUCGCCUCGGGAACAGGACCGUCGAGAUGAAGACCUCCAUCAUCAACGGUGACGUGCCUCUUUUGAUGUCGAAGCCAGCCCUAGCACAGUUGGGGAUGGUUUAUGAUGUUGCCGAGAACCGGGCCGACUUCACGAAAGUUGGCCUCCGGAACUUUGAUUUGGUGACCACCUCUUCCGGUCACCCCGCUAUCCCGAUUAUCCCGGCGAAGCCGGAGCACGGUCAGGAAAGCCGCUUGAGACCGCAGUCGAUCAGUGGAAGUGCAAUCGUGAUGAAAGCUCCUUCCCGCUGCUCUGGGUUGGCAGAACCUCUUUCGCGAAAGUGCGAUCUAGCUCGACGCCCCUUCCCUCGUCGCCUUCGUUCGGAGAUGGCAUGCAGCAAGCCGCCGGCGAUUUCGAAGAUGACCAAGGUCGAGCUCCUCAGCGAGUGCAACCGGGUGGGCUUGGUGGUCCAUCGCAAUUGGACUUGCGAAGAGAUCAAGGCUACGAUCAUGGAGCACCGCAUGAACGACCCGCAGCAACAACAGGCCUCGGUGAUGAAGUCGGUCACCAGCCUUACGCUGGCGGAGCUCAAGGAGAAGGCCGACCAGCUGGGAGUUCAGUAUCCCAGCCAGGUGACGAAGGGCAACCUCAUCCGGCUCAUCAGGGACUCCACGAAGACGCCCGGCACGGAGCUGAUGAAGAUCGGCAAGUUCAAGGGCUACGAGUACCAAGAGGUGCCGAGGUCCUACGGCAUGUGGGCAGCGCGCGAGAUUCGGAUGAGUCCGAACCCACAUGUGGAACUUGUUCGAUUUGCCCAGUGGUGGGAGGCGAAGGAGUACGAGACCCACUACGGCGACCGGGGCACGAUCGAGGAGAACGCGACGGUCCCGUACCCCCUGGACACCAGCAGUGUGGCGGAUCUACCACACGACCCGAGGAACUCGAAGCGCGGGAACCCCUACGGCGACCUCCCGGAGAUGGAGGCGGAGACGGACCCCGCGACCCUCGAGGAAAUCCGUGCCCUGGAAACCAGGCUGGCGGUGCUGAAGCAGAAAGCGAAGGCGAGCUCCGCACCGCCCAAGGUCGGCGCCAGCGACUACAUGAAGGAGAAUGCCAAGGGCACGACCGACCUGAUCGUCCACUACCUCAUGAAAAAGGACACGUCUUUCGACUUCGGCAGGAUCUUGAUGAUCUUCGUGAAGACCGACAAGGACAAUAUGAGCACGGCGGCGACCAUUUUGGCGGAGUUCGAGCGCGGCAUUGUCGACAGCACGGUAAACUUUGCCUGCCAGACCGCGACCAAGCAGCACCGCGACGAGUUCACGGCAGCCCUCCUCAACAAGGACUUCGACUUCCACACCCUCGGCAAGCUCUUGGACACCCUCGACUACGACCCCGUUAAGGCGACAAGGGACGGUGUCUUUGGCGGAAAGACCGGCGAUAAAGUCAACUACUUCACCUACGGGAUGUUCACCCACGGCGGCGUGGUUGGAACUACGACCAAGACCCGGGAGCACGACAACGUCGCCCGCUACUUGAACGGUUUCGCCCGGCACCACCUUGGUGACAAGGCCACCUGGUCUUCGGUGAGUUUGUCGCGCAACACCGGGACCGAGGUGCACCACGACUUCAACAACCUCAAGGGCACGGCGAACUUCACCGUUUCGCUUGGACAAACAAAAGGGGGCGGCUUGUGGAUCGAGGACAGGUCGGUGACCGAGAACGACACCUACGGCGUCAAAUGGAGGAGGACCGGAACUGGACAAUGGCUGCCCGGGAGGAUCUACGAUACCAAGAACAAGUUUGUUGAGUUUGAUCCCUUCCUCAAACAUGGCACGGAAGCAUGGAGUGGGAACAGAUGGUCCGUUACCUACCACACCACCCGCAACCUCUACAAGGCCGGCGACGAGAUGAAGAAGUUCUUGCGAAAAUGCGGGUUUCCGUUGCCAAAGGGGACCGGGCGUUCUACUGGAGAGGCCAAGCUCGGCAACAAGCCGAGGGCGAGUGUACGGCGGAGCAUCUUCAACAAUGCGGCCCGGAUCAGCGUGAUGAUGGCGACCCUCAUAUCCGCAGCCGGGAACUACCUCGCCGAGCACGUCCAUCCACAGGUCCAGCGGAACCCGGUCGUGCUCUUCGAGAUCGGUGACACGGAGAGUACUCAGCAGGCAGCCGAGCUUGGCAAGGAUGUUUUCGAGCCGAUGACAUGGGAGCGUUACCGCUCCCCUGAAGGAAAGACCGACGCCUUCCACAUCGUGAACGGUGGGACUCCGAGAGAGCUGCGACUUCACUUGGAUGGGAAGUCCACCGAGUGCGACGAAGCCAUCCUCGAGCUCAUGAAGCAACAGGUCAACGAUGGAGGGACCGUGGUGCUCAGCGGGAAGCCCGGCGACACACUGUUUGAGCACAUCGACAAGGACCCUGGUUUGCUAGGUUGCAAGCAGCAUGGCUACGAGGAUGGGCUCAAGGUCUUCAUGGUCUUCUUUAAGGACAAGGAGACCACUCAGCGCGUCAAGGGUCCCGGGCGGGUUCAUGAAGUGAAAGUGGUCUCGUCCGAGGAGCCGGGCCAGGACAAUGAAGCACUGGCUAUGGGAGCGACGGGAAUAUCCUUUGGCAAGGACACGCCGAGACCGGUGGCCACAGCUCUCCGUCGUCUUCACCAGAACCUGGGACAUCCCCGACAAGAGGACCUUAUCCGCCAUUUGCGUUUGGCGGGAUGUGACCAGUCUGUCCUGAAGGCAGCUAGGUCAAUGCGGUGCCAGGUCUGUGAAGCCAACGCGGCCCCGAAGAUAGCGCGACCGAGCACUAUUCCACCCAUGGCCGACUUCAACGACACGCUGGGCCUCGACCUGUUCUUCUGCCACGACACGGACGACGUCAAGCACGCCUUCCUCUCCGUGGUCCAUUACGGGACCACCUACCAUACCGUGGUGAAGCUCGAUGGCCAAUCCGGCGAAGACAUCGAGGCUAAGUUCAAUGAGAUGUGGCUCAUCCCGUUCGGGCCCCCGAAAGCCGUCGUCAUCGAUCUGGAGGGCGGCUUGCAAUCGGCGCUUGGGCGUGUUUGCGACUGGCAUGGAAUCGGAGUUCGGAGCGUAGCGACCCAAAGCCACUGGCAGGCUGGAGUUGUUGAACGGCAACAGGCCUGGUGGAAGCACAUCUGGCAGAAGAUCAGCUACCAGCUCUCCAUCGGCGAGGACGAAGUGAAUGUGGCGGUGCCGAUUAUCAGCUCCGCCAAGAACGACCUUCGCAGAAGGUGUGGAUACAGUCCAUCGCAAUGGGUCUUUGGAAAGGCCCCGAGGGUCCCCGAAGAUCUCCAGGACCCUGAUGGCGGUGGGCACGUUAUGUGGGACGUCAGCGAGGACGCCAAGUACCAGAGGCAGUCGGCCAUGAGAGCAGCUGCCCGCGUCGCCUUCCACGAGAGCCAGACCGACGGCCGCCUGCGCAAGGCCCUCCUACAAAGGACCCGUGUUGCGGCACGCCCUCUCGAUGUUGGGGAGAGCGUGCACUUCUGGCACAAGCCGAAGAACAGGCGACAAGGAUGCUGGAGUGGCCCUGCAGUCAUCGUCGGCAAGGAAGGCGGCAAUUACUGGAUUUCUAAAGGGGGCCGGUGUCGACUCACCUCAGCCGAACACCUCCGUCCCACUACAGGAGAGGAGGUUGGAGCUUUGCUGGCGAUGAAGGGGACCCAGAAAGAAGCAGAGAUGCUUCUUAACCACGACCCCGACGGAGACGAGGCCUUUGAAGAAGACUUAGAGGAGCUCAUGCGCGACAUCGACGAAGAGAUGAGCUGGGCCGGUGACGAAGCCGACCAACCUGUUGACGACUUGGAGAUGGAAGGGGACCUGGAGCUGGAACCCCUACGUGAACAAGAUGCCGCGCCGGUCCCGAAGCGCAGGUUGAAGAGGAAGACUACGGCAGCCGAGCUCAACCCAGACCGCCACGAGGCGAUGAUGCUCAAGACCCACUUGACUACUCGUGGCCUCGAGAAGCGCAAAGAGAAGGAGCUCAAGUGGUCGGAAAUUCCGGCCGAGGUCCACGAGAAGUUCCGCGAGGCAGAGGCGACCCAGUGGAACGAGCAUUUGUCUUUUGAUGCUCUACAGCCGCUGUCGGUGGCGGAGAGUGAUCGAGUCCGCCGGGAAGUCCCGGCAGAGCGAAUUCUGAGGAGCAGGUGGGCCUACAAGGACAAAAACUGGGCUCGCAGACGCGAAGGGGAGGACGUACCUUGGAAGUGCAAAUCCCGACUUGUGAUCGCCGGGCACACCGACCCGGACCUCACCGACGAGAACCUCAGGCUGAACACGGACGCCCCUACAUUGUCCAGGAGCGGGCUCGCCUGCAUGCUCCAAAGGACCGCGGACGGCCUCGUGGAAGAUGACCCCUGGACACUGGCCGCAGGAGAUAUAAGGUGUGCGUUUCUCACCGGAAGCUACCUCUCCCGGGAACUGUACAUGCACCAGCCAAAGACCGGGUUUCCUGGACUGCUUCCAGGACAACUGGUGAAGAUCCAAAAGAAUGUCUUCGGCCUGGCCACCAGUCCUCACACCUGGUGGCAGGACUUGCAGAAUGGGAUCAACGAGGUCGAGAUCAAGAUCCCCGAGGACACCGACGCCUACCGCUUCGAGCCCUCAGCCAUGGACCCGUGCGUCUUUGCUCUGCGCAAGUGGGACGGAGAAAAGUUCUACGGCAUCCCUGUUGCUUACUUGGGAUGUCAUGUGGAUGACCUGCUGAUCGCCGGGCCAAGGAAGCUCCAGCAGAUCAUUCAGCAGGCGCUCGCCGGAAAGUUCGAGAUACAGACCUGGGAGGCCGAUGACUUCGAGUUCCUGGGUUCGAGGAUCGUGGUCGCCACCGACCGCAUCAAGAUGACCCAGGAAAAGUACGCGGAGACUCGCCUCUUCACCAUCGAGGUCCCCGCCGGCAUCGACGACAGCGAGGCCGCUCCGCAAGAGUUGUCUAGUGACAACCGCAGCCUGAUAGGCGCUCUUUCCUGGAUGAGUGCUCAGACUCGCCCUGACUUGACGUGCUCCGUCAGUAUGGCGCAGCAGUUGCAGAAGGCCCCCACCUAUGGAGACAUCAAGUUCACCAACGCCAUCGCGACGAAGGCCUACCAGUACCGCGAGCGAGGACUUGAGUUCAAGCCGAUUCCAAAGGGGAACCUGAUGAUCCUCGUCUUCCACGAUGCGGCUUGGGCGAACGUCCCGGAGGCAGACCCCGAGGAGGACUACUACGUGCUCACCCAGCAGGAGAACAUCGAUGGCCUCCAGACCGAGGGGCCAUAUGCGAACGGCUGUGUGAGAAAGGCGAAGAAAGGGAACUCCAAGGUCGCGUCGCAGCUUGGAAUCCUGGUGAUGUUCGCAGACAGGGCGGCCCUCGCUGGACAGGCCGGGAACGCCAAUGUGGCGGACUGGAAGUCUCGAGCGGGACAAAGGGUUUGCAGGAGCACCUUCGGCGCGGAGACCCAAGCUUGCGCUGAGGGACUUGAGACGGGGCAGUAUGUGAGGUCUAUGUACGAGACCUUGCUGAAAGGGGUCAUGACGGCCGUGGACGCUGCUGAGCUGCCCAUCCUCUGCCUGAGCGACUGCAGGUCGUUAUACGACCAUUUGAACAAGCAAGGCAUCCCAAGGGUGCCUAGCGACAAAAGGUUAGCUGUGGACCUAGCCGCUUUGCGACAAGGGCUGCGCUCCGAGAAGUGGAACGACAGCCUGCCAAUCGCAUGGAUCCCAGGAGCGCUCCAAAAGGGAGACGUCCUCACUAAGCCCCAGAACCCAUCUGACUGGUGGGACAGCAUUUCAACAAAGCUUCUUUUGCCUCUUGCCAUAGGGCAAGAGGGGGUUCUGAUCAGCAACAGGACGGUGAGACAGAGAACCAGUGUGAAACUUGAUGGUACUGUCAUGCUUGGCAGCAUCUUCCCUUUCGAAUACUUUAUCGUAUGA